AUGUCAUUAACCUCAAAAUUUUACGCCACGACGCUGGCUGUCGUACUAGCCAUAUUAGCAAUCAUACCAUCGACCCGCGGGGAGCAUCUCACCCAAGCAGACUUUACGUCUUCCAUUGGCAAGGGCUUGUGGCUGGUAGAAUUCUACAGCCCUUAUUGCCCACAUUGUAAGCGCUUUGCACCAGCAUGGGAUAAGGUAGCGAAGGAAAAGGCACCGCUGGAAGGCAUAUCCGGGUUUACGAUGGCUCAAGUCAAUUGUAUUGCUCAAGGAGAUCUGUGCAGUGACAACCAGGUCACGGGCUAUCCGCAAGUCAUGCUGUUUAAAGAAGGCAAAAAGAUGGAAGAGUACUCAGGAGACCGCACACCUGCUGAUCUUUCCUCUUGGAUCGACAAACGUGUAGCAGAUUAUGCACAGUCUUCAGCCUCAGAGUCAGACUCUGUCUCCAGUACAGCUCACCUUAAUCCCAGUGGGGAGGUGGUUGUUCUCACGCCUGAGACAUUUGACAAAGCCCUAUCUGAGGGGCCUAUCUUUAUCAAGUUCUAUGCGCCUUGGUGUGGGCAUUGCAAGAAACUUGCACCGGUGUGGACUGAACUCGCUACUAAGACUAAAGGCCGGGUUAAUAUUGCUGAGGUUAACUGCGAGCAAUAUGGAUCUUUGUGCAAGUCUCAGAGUGUAGACGGAUAUCCGAUGCUAUUUUUCUACCACUCGGGCCAGAAAGUCGAUUUCCGUGGAUCAAGAAAGAUUGAGCCUCUUGAACAAUUCGUAUUGCGUGCAGUAGCCCCGGGUGUCCAAUCGAUUACAAUCGAGGAGGUUGACAGCGUCCUCAAGAAGGAGUCUGUCUUUUUCCUGGUACUUUAUACGUACUCGACCCCUCAGCUGUAUUUGGAUGACAUUGAGGAAGCGGCCAAACCACUGUUGGGAACACCUGUUGUAUACAAGUCCCGAAACCCUGACGUCUUCAAGAAAUUUGACGUCGAUCCAGCGGACGGCCCGGCCCUCAUCGUUGUCAAAGACCAUGAAACCAAGCCGUUCUCUGUUCUUCCGCUUAGUACCCAGACGACUGUUCCAAUUCUGGGCGCUUUUUUCCAACACCAUCGGAUUCCGACCUUGCAGCAACUCACCGCCGAGAAUUUCCCAGAUGUAAUGAAGCACCCAGCCAAACCCCUUGUAGUGCUGGCUGCAAUUGAUAUGGAAAACAUGCCCAAGACACAGUUAGGGGAGGAAAUCGAAAAACUGACUUCCAUUGCCAAACGUUGGCAAACUUCUGCUGUGAGGCUCACUGACACUCGGCCUACUAUCUUCGUAUGGAUGGAUGGAGACCGCUGGAGUAAGUGGCUGAAAAGGAUGUAUGGCAUCAAACGGGAGGAUAUGCCAACCGUUGUGAUCGUCGAUCACAGCAGACUCUUGUAUUACGAUGCUGACGCUGGGAAGGCGCGCCUAAAGCUAGAGCGUGAAAGUAUUUUUGCGGCACUCGAAAGUGCGUACCUUGGUCUUCUCAGACCUAAACAUUCAGAGAACUUCGUAGAGAGGACGAUGAGGUCAAUGAAUGAUCGCAUGGAGUACGUUGGGUCCUCUGCAUGGGCGCAUCCAUUUGUCACCGCCGGAAUUGUGGUUGGCUUCCUGUCAGGAUCGCUGUGGCUCAUUCGCCGCCUUGUUAACGACGAUCUCCCUACCGGUUCAUACCAAUCCACUCGCCACCAGCAAUGGAAGCCAUCCCACCGACUCGACUGA